AUGAAAGCAAAGAAAUGGAUGCCCUACCUGCCAUCGCCAUCAGCUAUACAGAAUCGACAGACACUGAACUGGAGAUUGGAUAAAUUAUGUACCUGCGGGAAGUGCCAAGUGUUAAGAGCAAAUUCAAACUAUGGACCAGCGCAAGUUAUAGACUCAUCAGCUUUAGACAGUGCAAUAGUGGCCGAACAAAUGAUGAAACUAAGACGAUGGGACGAACUAACAAGAACAGCCCGAAAAAAGAGGAAAGCACAAAUUCAACUCAAGAGGAUCAGAAAAUGUGCUAGAACCAACAGCAGUGAAAAAAGCAAAGACAAUAAUUCCAAUGCCAGUAAGAUAUGGAACUUUGGGGGGCCAACAUGUAUCUGCCAACACUGCCAUGCACUUAUGUGGCAUGGAGAAAGAAUACAAUCUUAUGGAAUUAGAAAGCCAACCUUCGGAAUAUGCUGCAAGCGAGGAGAGGUUACCUUGCCACCUCUAAAAGAACCGCCGCCAUACCUUACGAGUUUAUUGGCAAGAGACGGAGGAAGAAGAUCAACAAACUACCGAAAGAACAUUAGGUCUUACAACUCCAUGUUUGCAUUCACAUCAAUGGGGGGAACUUUAGAUAAAAAAAUAAACAAAGGGUGUGGACCUUAUGUUUUCCGACUGAAUGGCCAGAACCGUCACCAGAUAGGAACCCUGCUACCUGAAGAAGGAAAUAAGCCUCGUUUCCAGCAGUUGUAUAUCUAUGAUACGAAGAACGAGAUCAAGAAUAGGGUAGAGGCAUCAAGAUCUGGUGAAAGUAAUGCCUCACUAGACGAAACAAUUGUCAGUGGCCUACUAACCAUGCUUGACGAGAAUAACACACUCGCACAAUCAUUCCGGAUGGCAAGAGAUAGAUUUAAAGAUGAUGACUACAACAAUUUCACUCUAUGUUUACUUGGCAACAGGGAUCAAGAUGGGAGGCAAGACAACAUGCCAUCAACAUCAGAAGUUGCUGCGUUGAUAGUGAAAGAUCCAACCCAAAAACAUUAUGGGCGUGACAUUGUUCUUGAGUACAAAGAUAUGAAACCUAAAAGGAUAUCAGAAAUCCAUCCAAAAUUCAUGGCCAUGCAAUAUCCGUUGCUCUUCCCAUAUGGAGAAGAUGGUUUUAGACUUGGAAUCAAAUACAAUAAAAAGAAAGGUGCAAGUAACAAGGAGUACAUCACCAUGCUGGAAUACUACGCAUAUCGCCUCCAACAGCGCCCAGGCCAGUCCAUGUUGCUGCUAUCGUGUGGAAAUCUAUCAAUGCAAUUUGUGGUAGAUAUAUAUACAUGCAUCGAACAGUGUAGGCUCAAAUGGAUUAGAAGAAAUCAAGGGAAUUUAAGAACGGAACUUUAUGAUGGACUACAGGAUGCAUUCAGAAAAGGAGACACGCGAACGGACCAAGUAGGGAGGAGAAUAGUACUCCCAGCAAGUUUUACAGGAAGUCCUCGACACAAAGAGCAGAACUACCAAGAUGCGAUGGCAAUAUGCCGUUGGGCUGGACCUCCUGACUUGUUUGUAACAUUCACAUGCAACCCUAAUUGGCCAGAGAUUCAGUUGAUGCUAGAUGACGCCGGGAACCAGAAACCAGCAGAACGCUCUGAUAUUGCAGUUCGAGUGUUCAUGAUAAAACUGAAGGAGCUAAUGGAUGAUAUUAAAGGAAAACAACAUUUUGGAAAGACUAAAGCAAUUAUUUUCAAAAUAGAAUUCCAGAAGAGAGGACUUCCACAUGCCCAUAUACUAAUAUUCCUUGACGAGAAAGAGAAAGGAAAGUGUCUCAUGCCUGCACAAACUGAUGAAAUUAUAUGCGCUGAAAUCCCGGACAAGGAUAAAGAUCCAGAAACAUAUGAAGCUGUCAAGAAUUUUAUGAUGCACGGACCAUGUGGAGAGGCAAACCCAAAGUCCCCCUGCAUGGAAAAACAUAAGUGCACUAAGAACUUUCCAAAAGGAUUCUUUGAUGAGACGACCGUUGAUCAAGACAACUUCCCAAUAUACAGGAGACGAGAUGAUGGCCGACAAAUAGAUAAGGGAGGAGUCAAACUGAACAAUGGAUUUGUUGUACCAUACAACAAAGAUCUCUUGGUAAAAUUCCAAGCACACAUAAAUGUAGAGUGCUGUAACCAAUAUAGGUCAAUCAAAUACCUUUAUAAGGAUAUAAAUGAAGGAGAUGACCAAGCAACAGCACUGGUUGAAGAAAGAGACCAAACAAAAAAUAACGAUGAGAUUAAAAUGUACCUAAGAUGCAGAUACAUAACAGCAACUGAAGCAUGCUGGCGAAUAUUCAAGUUCCCUCUACAGUACCAGGAACCAUCUGUUGAGAGGCUAUUGUUCCACCAGGAGAACAAGCAACAAGUAAUUUUUCCUGACUCAACAAACCUAGAUGAAAUAAUACAGCGCCCAAGAUCAGGUGUCACUAUGUUUACCGAGUGGAUGGAGACAAACAAAAAACAUGAAGAUGCGAGAGAAUUAACUUACUUGGAGUUUCCUACAAAAUGGACAUGGUAUGAGAAAACAAAGAAGUGGACAAGGCGAAGGGGAGGAAGGAAAAUUGGUAGAAUCUACAAUGCUCAUCCUGCAAGUGGUGAAAGGUACUAUCUUAGAGUUCUCCUCAAUACUGUGAAGGGUUGCAAGACAUUUGAAGACAUCAGGACUGUCAAUGGAAUCGUGCACUCAUCAUACAAAUCAGCAUGCCAUGCAUUAGGAUUUCUGAAGGAUGACAAUGAGUGGAUUGAGUGCAUCAAGGAAGCAUCGAGUUGGGCAUCUGGAGUGCAACUACGCCAAUUGUUUGCAACUAUUCUGUGCUACUGUGAGGUUACGGACCCAAGAAUAUUAUGGGAAUCCAACUGGGAGGCACUCUCUAAAGACGUACAGCAUACAUCAAGCUGGAGCAUAAACUUUCCAAUCCCGUUCACUCCUUCCCACAAUAGAGAAUGCACUUUAGUAGAAAUUGAAAAGCAAAUGGGAGAAGCUGGAAAAUCAUUAAAGGAAUACCCUGGAAUAGAGCUACCUAAUAGGCCCAAGUUGAAUGGAAUUGAGAACAAGCUUAUAAAUGAAGAGCUGGACUAUGAUAAAGACAAGUUGAAGGCUGAGCAUGUGCAAAUAAUCAACACUCUAAAUAUAGAUCAGAAGAAAGCCUUCGAUGCAAUAGUAGAAUCGGCGGAACAAUCAUUAGGGAGAAUAAUAUUUGUGGAUGGCUAUGGUGGGACAGGUAAGACAUACCUAUGGAGAGCUAUCACAACAAGGCUAAGAUCGGAGGGGAAAAUUGUACUUGCAGUUGCAUCUUGUGGCAUCGCAGCGCUUCUGCUUCAAGGAGGUAGAACAGCACACUCAGCAUUCAAUAUUCCAAUCAAUCUAACAGAUGAAUCUACAUGCUACAUCAAACAAGGUUCACACAUGGCUGAUCUAUUAAUGAAGACGUCAGUAAUACUGUGGGACGAAGCUCCAAUGGCAAACAAAAAAUGCUUUGAGGCACUUGACAAGAGCCUAAGAGAUGUGCUCAGGUUCACAAAUGAGAAUAGUUGCAACAAGCCCUUUGGCGGCAUGACAGUUGUUCUAGGAGGGGACUUCAGACAAAUCCUCCCUAUUGUGCCAAGAGGACGAAGGGAGCAAACUAUAAGUGCGUCAAUAAAAUGUUCAUACCUCUGGCAACAUUUUGAGGUAUUCAAUCUGACAGAAAAUAUGCGACUCAAUUCUCUGACCAAUGAUCAAGCGGAGCAGCAGAAGACUGCAGAAUUUGCAGACUGGAUACUACAAAUCGGCAAUGGAGACACAAUUUUAUUAGAUGAAAAGGAGUACGUAAGUAUCCCCAGUGACCUGCUGCUACAAAACGGAGAUGACUCGAAAACAAAAAUCAUAGAAAGUACCUAUCCUGACCUGCAAGACAACCUGUACACACAGAAAUUCCUAGAAGAAAGGGCGAUAUUGUGUCCGUUAAACGAGAGUGUCAAUGAGAUCAAUGAGUAUAUUAUGGGUCAAAUCCAAGGUGACAUGGUGACGUACCUGAGUUGUGACAGUGUGAGCAAAUCAAUGUCUUACAGCCAUGAGAUUGAAUUAUUGUACACUACAGAGUUUUUAAACAGCUUAAAGCACUCAGGAUUUCCUAACCACCAACUUAAGCUCAAGGUGGGUCUUCCAGUGAUGCUUCUUAGCAACAUCAACCAAAGUGCAGGGCUAUGCAACGGUACUAGAAUGACAAUCACAAAGCUCGGAGAAAAAGUCAUCGAAGCGCAGAUCAUAACUGGAGCACACAUCGGUGACAAGGUAUGCAUACCACAGAUCAUCAUGUCACCGUUCGAGCCUAAAUGGCCAUUCGUGCUAAAAAGAAAGCAAUACCCUCUGUCUGUGUGCUUCGCGAUGACAAUCAACAAGAGCCAGGGACAAUCUUUGAACAAGGUCGGCCUCUACUUGCCCAGGCAAGUUUUCGCCCAUGGGCAGCUCUAUGUAGCAGUAUCCAGAGUAACGAACAGGCAUGGCCUGAAGAUCCUGAUCGCCGACGACGAAGAACAUGCAAGCAAAGGAUUGGCGAAAAACAUUGUGUACAAGGAGAUCUUAUAAAAUAGCUUCCUAGCAGUUUAGUACUGUUCUAUGUAUGUACUCAGUAGUAAAUAAAGUUAUGUCAAAUUUGCUGCUGUUCCGGCCAUUAAUAAGCUAGUGUCUAGAAUACUGUUGCAGCGCAUCUGAUGCCGAGACUCUCAACUGAGAAUUUGUGCUUUGGUUAAUUUCUUGUAUCAUCUAUAUUUGCUCAGAUUAA